CCGACUGAGCCGCUCUAUCGAUAACCAAACUGCCAACGGAGAAUCAACGAGAACACCAAAAACCAACUCCGCCUCAACUAUUUUCGAUCAUUUCUUGCCAUUAAAAUUUCAUGAAAAAAAAAAACCAGUAAAUUUUUUCCCCCAAAGUUUUGAUCUUUUUUAGGCGGUGCAUAGUUGUCGACGGCGUGCUGAUGUUUAUUUUUAGAGCCUCGGAACUCGAUUUUUCUAUCAAUAUUUCGAUCGAGAAAUCGAAGAUAAUUUAGCUGGAAAAAUGCGUAUAAACCGAUCCCAAAUUAUACACUCCACCAGAUUCUAUUCUUCGUCUCCAUCUCCAUUUUUAGCCCUCUGUCAAUCAAUGCCUCUGAUGGAUUCUUGAUUUCGAAUCGCAGGCUUCGGGCGUUACAUGAAAGACAAGUAGCAAUUUGUCGGAGGCGGAAGAAAUCGAUCUUCCAUCUCCACCCCGCCACUCGAUUCGCCGAUGGAGCAGUUCCGGCUGGCCGGAGAAGCUCUGGGCAGCAUCAAGGCGUUGAUGGUGUUCCAGGACGAGACCAGCGUCAACCAACGCCAGUGCAUCCUUCUCGUCGACGCCUUCGACCUCGCCUUCCGGAGCGUGGCGCAGGAGAUGCGGAUCCGCCUGAGGUUCGACGAGAAGCUCACCAAGUGGAAGGCCCUCGAGCACCCUCUCCGCGAGCUCCACCGGAUAUUCCGGGAGGGGGAGCAGUACGUCCGGCAAUGCCUGGAGCCGAGAGAUUGGUGGGGGAAGGCCAUGGCCCUAAACCAGAACACCGAAUGCAUAGACGUCCACCUCCACGACCUCCUCUGGUGCCUCUUCGUGGUCAUCGAAGCCAUCGAGAACGUCGGCGAGAUCACCGGCACCGACCAUGAAGACCUCAACAAGAAGAAGCUGGUGCUCUCCAAAAAGUACGAAAGGGAAUGGAUGGACCCGAAACUCUUCCAGCUCAAGUUCGGGAAGCUCUACUUGGCUUCUCAAGAUCUAUGCGGUAGAAUCGAUGCAGCAUGGAAGGAAGAUCGAUGGAUGCUAUCAGAAACCAUAGCCGAGAAGAGAAGGCCAGGGUCGUCCAAGCCCUUGUCGAAGCACGAAAGCCGGCUCGCCGACGUCCUCGUCUCGCCGAAAGGGAAGAUCUUUCCUUGCUCGGUGCUCACCGGAUCUAGCGACUACCAAUUGAGGAGGAAGUUUGGCCCUGCAAACAGCUACAAGGAAGUGCAGUGGCUGGGGGAGAGCUUUGCAGUGAAGCAUGUCAUCCGGGAGAUUGAGCCGUUGAUGCCCGAGAUUGCUCUCCUGUCGUCGAUCUCGCACCCGAAUGUGGUGCACUACUUGUACUGCUUCGCCGACGAGGAGAAGAAGGAGUGCUUCGUGGUGAUGGAGCUGAUGAGCAAGGAUCUCUCGACCUACACGAAAGAAGUUAGCUCCGCGCGACGGAAGCCCCCCUUCGCCUUGUUGGUGGCAGUCGAUACGAUGAUUCAGAUUGCGAGAGGAAUGGAGUAUCUUCACUCGAAGAACAUCUACCAUGGCGAGUUGAACCCCUCGAACAUAUUGGUCAGGCCGAGGAUUGCUUCGCCGGAUGGAAAUUUGCAUGUCAAGGUUUCUGGUUUCGGGUUGGCGCCUAUAAAGAAUUUCAAAUCUUCAUCCAAUCAAGUGAGCGCGGUGAACCCAUGCACUUGGUAUGCCCCGGAAGUUCUGUUAGAGAUGGAGAGGUCCGGCGGCGAUGGCAUUGGCAUCUCCAAGUGCACCGACAAGGCCGAUGUGUACAGCUUCGCGAUGAUUAGCUUCGAGCUAUUGACGGGGAAAGUUCCCUUCGAAGACAAUCGUCUACAAGGAGACAAGACGAGCAAGAACAUAAGAGUUGGGGAGAGACCCCUGUUUCCUUUUCCACUCCCCAAGUACCUGACCGACCUAACAAGGAGGUGUUGGCACACCGAUCCGUCUCAACGACCGAGCUUCUCUUCUAUUUGUAGGAUUCUCCGGUACACGAAACGGUUCUUGAUCAUGAACCCGGACCACAGCCAGCCGAACGCACCGGUGCCUCCCGUGGACUACUACGACAUUGAGAUGAGUCUGUCACGGAGAUUUGCGAAUUCGGGGGUCUCCGAAAUCCCCUUUCAGAUGUAUGCCUACCGGGUUAUCGAAAGGGAGAAACUCACCUCCCAUUUUCGGGAGAGGAACUCAGAUUCAGGGAGUGAAGGAACUGCCUCACUGUGCAGUGAUGAGAGCGCCGGUUCUGCUCCUUUGGACUCGGUUAAAUCCGCACCCUUCGCUUGUGAAACUAACAGGACUCCAACAAGGAGAACCAAUGGCAUGUUCAAUAAGCUACAAGGCCAGCAGCAACAGAGAGCGAGGUCCUUGAUGCAGUCGCAACUCGCAUCGCCGCGGCAGAGUCUGAGGACGAACUCUGAGAAAGUGCAGAAAACUCUGAUGAGCUCGAGGAGGAGGAUGGCCGGGCAUGCUUAUGUUUCUGAUUCAGAGCUGACAUGAAGCCACAGCCAUCCGACUGAUUUUCAUUGAGGCAAAGGAGGGAGGGGUGUGCUUUUGAAUUGUAAAAUGAGGUGAGAACUUUAAAGUGCCCACACACUUGGAGUGGUUUAUUUCUUAAGAAAUGUCUGUGUUGCACUUUCGAUCGUAGUAAAAGAUUGAUUCCUUCCUAGUCCGUUUUAGAU